CUCAGGUGAUCCAGACUCCUUGGCUUCCCAAAGUGCUGGGAUUACAGGUGUGAAUUACCACGCCCAGCCGAGUCCAGGUUUUUCUGACUCCCAGUUCUUAAUUAUUUCCAGGAAACCAGACUGUCUUACUUCCUGGGUUAGGAGUUUACUUAGAUCAUGAAUCUGUUUAACAGGAGCCUCAUUGUGCACACAAGCCUCCUUCCUACAUAGAGACGUCAUUCCCAGCAUUCCUAAACACAUUCCAGAGACACACUGCCCUGGUUGUGUAUUUCCUUCUUUUGAGUGGAGGCUUGUUGGUUGCAGAUGGGGGAUUGUCACUGAGGUAGCUCAGAAAAAGUGAUAUCACCAGUUGAGAGUGGUAUGUUUUGAAACAAAUCCAGUUCUGAAUUAAAUUAAAAUCGGAUUCACAGUGUUUCCUUUGACUACUUCUUUUAAGGCCAAAACUCUGAAGAAAUGCAUUGUAGGAAUUAUGAAGCUUGGAGAGGAUUCUGGGAAGAUGGAGUAGGAAUCUAUGUCCUCUACUUAGAGGACAACUGUGGUGUCAGAAUCUGUGGUGUAACUGUUUUGGAAACUCCAGAGUCUCUUGAAGGCUUGCAACUUCACAGGGAAUGCUUGUACAUUAGAUUGUGGUUAAUUUUGGUCAGUCCUUAGCAGGUACCCGUCCUCCACUGCAGGCCUGUAGCAGGCAGCUGUGUGUUCUAGAGCUUGUAGAAACCAAGGUGGGCAAAAAGGACCCUGUCCUACAGAUAUCAGGGAUCUGUGCUCUCAUUGCUGCUGCUGCUUCUAAUAGCAGAAGUACAGUGAAGAAAGAGUGGCUGCUGACAUUGUACCUCCCUCAGUUGUUGCAACCCUCUCCCUCUCUGGCUAAAGUUACUUCCAGGGGAUUUAAAGGGCUGGCACUUUUUUUACACCCUCAUUUUUCCCUUUGUCCUUUUUUGGGAGCCAGACAUCGAAGACCAGGACAUUCAAAACUGCUAGGAAAUUUCAAAAGUCACCACACCUGCCCAGAGGAAGGCGCUGGCUCAGAACGGGCCUGAGAAGACUUGAAGUUUAAACCUCAGGCUGAUCAUUUGCACAGAGACAGUCUGUAACAACAACAAAAACAAAAAUAUGAAAAUGGGUAACAGGAAAUCCUGGGGAAGGGGAGAGUCUGGUUUCCAGAGGUACAUUAUUAGAUUUAAGUGUUCACUUUUCAGCAAAAGGUCACAAGGCAAACAAAGCCACAAUAAAGUAUAACCCAUCAAAAGGAAGAAAAGGAACCAUCAGAAUCUGUCCCUGAGUAAGACCAUAUGACAGACCUGUUAGGCAGAGACUUUAAAACAACUGUUUACAACUGUCUUAAAGAUGUCCAAAGAACUAAAUGAAGAGACAUGGAGAAAGUCAAGAAAACACUGUAUGAAUAAAAAGAUAGAAAACAUAAAAGGAAACCAAAAUAUUCUAGAGGUGAAAAGUACCCUAGAGGGAUUCGGAGGCAGAGUUGAACAGGUAGAGGAAAGAAUCAGCGAGUCAGAAGAUAGGACAAUGGAAGUUUUUGAGAGUGAGGAACAGAAAAAAAGGAGAAGAAAAAUGAACAGAGACUGAGGGACCUUUGGGACACUGUCAAAUGGACCAGCAUACGCAUUGCGGGUGUCUUGAGAAGGAGAAGAGCUAGAGAAUGAGUCAGAGAGAAUAUCUGAAGCAGUGAUGACUGAAAACUUUCCAAAUUUGAUGAAAUGUGAAUGUAAACAUCCCAGAAGCUCAACAAACUCAAAGUAGGAUGAACUCAAAGAGACCCACCCUGGGAUGCAUUUAUAAUGAAACUGUAUAUACCCAAAGACAGAUUCUUGAAAGCAGCAAGAGAGUCACUCAUCGCAUACAAGGGAUCAUCAGACCUAAAGUGAUCCAGACUUCUGCGGCAAAUUUUUCUCUAAAUAAUAGCAAAAAGCUAAAGCCAAUUCAAAUACUUUCAAAUCCACUGUCUACAUAUAAUCAGCAACUAUGGCUGACAUGUGUUGUUGAGUUGGAUCAAUCAAAAGAAACUUCCAUUAAGACAAGCUUUCCCAUGACUGUUAAAGUCGAUGGUGUAGCUCAAGAUGGAACCACGAUGUACAUUCAUAACAAAGUUCACAACCGGACAAGGACCCUCACAUGUGCAGGGAAAUGUGCAGAAAUUAUUGUGGCUCACCUUGGCUACCUGAAUUAUACUCAGUAUACAGUGAGAGUGGGAUUUGAACACCUGAAGCUCCCCAUCAAGGGAAUGAACUUCACAUGGAAGACUUAUGACCCUGCCUUCUCCCGUUUGGAAAUCUGGUUCCGGUUUGUCUUUGUGGUGCUCACCUUCAUCGUCACUUGCCUGUUUGCGCAUUCGCUCCGGAAAUUUUCCAUGAGAGACUGGGGCAUCGAGCAGAAGUGGAUGUCUGUCCUCCUGCCUCUGCUGCUACUUUACAAUGAUCCGUUCUUCCCCCUCUCCUUCCUGGUGAACAGCUGGCUCCCGGGGAUGCUGGAUGACCUCUUUCAGUCUAUGUUUUUGUGCGCCUUGCUGCUCUUCUGGCUUUGUGUGUACCACGGGAUUCGCGUCCAGGGAGAAAGAAAGUGUUUAACUUUCUAUUUGCCUAAAUUCUUCAUUGUCGGACUAUUGUGGUUGGCUUCUGUUACACUAGGAAUAUGGCAAACAGUUAAUGAAUUACACGAUCCAAUGUACCAGUAUCGAGUUGACACCGGAAAUUUUCAGGGAAUGAAGGUCUUCUUCAUGGUGGUGGCAGCGGUGUACGUCCUGUACCUCUUGUUUUUGAUAGUGCGGGCGUGUUCCGAGCUGCAACACAUGCCUUAUGUGGAUCUCAGGUUAAAAUUUUUGACCGCAUUGACUUUUGUAGUACUUGUCAUUAGCAUUGUCAUCCUUUAUUUGCGAUUUGGAGCACAAGUACUGCAAGACAAUUUUGUAGCAGAGCUGUCCACUCACUACCAGAAUUCAGCCGAGUUCUUAUCUUUCUAUGGCUUGCUGAACUUUUAUCUCUACACCUUGGCCUUUGUGUAUUCUCCGUCGAAGAAUGCCCUCUAUGAGUCCCAGCUGAAAGACAACCCUGCCUUCUCCAUGCUCAAUGACUCUGAUGAUGAUGUGAUUUAUGGGAGUGACUAUGAAGAAAUGCCCCUGCAGAACGGCCAGGCCAUCCGGGCCAAGUACAAGGAGGAGUCAGACAGUGACUGAGCCCCUGCCAGGCCAGGGUGAGGUGACAAGGUGCCUGGAUGCUUUCCCUGGUGACCGUUUCCCGACCGUCCCGUUUGACAAGAGAUUUCCUGUUUCUUAUUUGUUUACAUAUUUUUUAAAGGAAAACCAAAACUGAAGGCAAAUUUAAAUGUUUAGCCAAUUUGUUGUCUAAUUGGUAGCUGUGAGGAGAGGUGCUGAUAAAAAGUUUGAACAGUCAAAUCCUUUUUACAAAGAUUUCAGAUGAGAGUGCAUGUUUUCAGUGGUAAGGAGGAAAUUACCCAUUUUUAGUGGAGUCAAUUAUGUACUUUUUUUUUUUUUUUUUUAAAUCAUUCACUGAUUCCAGGUUCAUGGGCAACCCUGUGACUAGGUCCACAGCAUGACAGCAUUACCCGAGUGCUUCCCUUCUCUGUGGUAGUUUUUUGACCCUUUCAACUCAAAGGAAGCCUUUUCUGUAGCUGCUUCAGGGCAGUCCUUCCUCGUUCAGCGGCUAGUGCCCUGGGUAACCAAGUGGCUGAAGUGAUGGGUCACUUACAUAGACUGUGUUUUGUGCAGUGUGUAAGUUACGACUCCUCAGGAAUGGAGGAUGCCUGGGUUCUAACCCUUUACAUCACCACAGGUGAAGUAACAGUGUGGAGUUCUGGGGAGGGUUUGAUAAGCUGAAUAAGGAAAGGCUAAGAUAAUUUGCAGGUUACCAACUCCCGUGGGGAAGGUCUUAUUGCCAUGGUGCUUUUCAGGGGCUUGUGUGUGCACACACAUGACUGUGAAUGAUUUCCCUGUGGCUGGUGUGGGCAGGAGAGGAACCCUUACUAUUCUAAUAAAUAGCAGUUUCUGCAGUUCUGUUGAACAUGAAAUGCUAUAGAGUUUUUGUUGUUGUUUUUUUUUUUUUU